CAGGCGGGGUGGUUAGUCCGCUUUCGACCGCGCUCGCGGUAGCGUCGGCUCUCGUGAAAUGUUCCAAGGCGAACGAUUCAACUUGUGAAAAUAAAUUUUCUUGUGCAUUUACGUUAUUGAUAUCGUAAUUUUGUUCCGUUUGAGUUUUGAUCAUUGCAUCGCUGCGAUCUAAGAAGAAAGGAUUGUAUUUUAGAGAAGAAAAUACGAAAAACUUUGUCAUACAAAUUAUCAUGUUCAACGUGCUACCAAACUUACGCAUUGAAUAAAGUUUGGUAUUAUCGGCUGAAAACUUUAUUAUGUCGAUAUCGCUUGGAUUUAUGUGCCGGUUAUGAUAACAGAGGAACUUUACUAGGACGUUGUUAUAAAACAUAGAGAUACCAAAGAAGAUGUGUGCCAAAAUGUUAUUAUAUAAUUUUUCCUUGUUUUCCGCGAUCGUUACCUGGAUUGGAGUGCUUGCUGAGGAGGAAGUGUCAUCUCCUUUGAGAGUUGCCCAAUGUAGAGCAACAUGUUUACAAAAGUUCGCAGCACCUCGGCCUGGCGGGGAGUCGUCGUGUUUGCAGGGCCCCGACUGUUUUAUGUGUUGGGAAAACUGUGAACUUCUUCAAUCAAACUACCAAGUUUGGGGUGCAGUGUGCGACGAAAAAGAUAUUUGUUUCCCUGGCUGCAAAGUAGCUUGUGAAUUCCACACGGAUGCCGCACGAGCAUCUCAAACUCAACCGGUCAUCCACACAAAAGGCGAAGGAGUUAUGAGGGUCAGCGGGGCUUUAGCCCGCUGGCCUCCACCGGCAUCUCGCCCCGCGCCUUUAGUCUACGUCGUGAUGAGGCGUGCAGCUGAAGGUCCCUGGCGACAGAUCAUACAAACCCAAGCGUUAGCUACAAGAGUCCCUUCUAACAACGAGGGUGCUCUGCUUCGAGUACUAGUCGUUGACCCACAGGGACUGGUCACAAUUUACAGUCCAGACGAAACAUGGGACGCACAUGACACAAACACAUCCAACCACGACGAGCACAGAUGGAUUCUCAAAGAAAUAUCACUCAUCCAUCAGAAAGUUCUUGUCAUAGGUGAGAUUGCCUGGGAACCGAGAAUCACACGCGGCGUAUAUCUCGUAACGUGGGAAGUCGAUGGAGGUGGUCUCAAGGGAAAUCUGUUCACCGACUCCACUAGAGUUACGCUGUCUCUAUGGCCGGAUACAAUAUAUCACAUUCAAGUAGAAUUAGUCUCUAGAACUCCAGGAGUAGAUAAUGAGAAAUCUGAAACUAUGACCAUAGACACGAGCCGUGCUCAACGCGUUUCGACGGAAAGCGUUCAGGAUGUUGAAGUAAGUGAAGGAGAUCGGCUGAUGUCCGUUUUGGUUAGUUCAAUGAGAGGCGAGCGGGUAUCCGAACGUGCUCCAGAUUCAGAAUUAGUAUUAGGUUGCCUAUCAGCUAUGGUUGCUUUUGGGUUAGCAGUACUUGCCGCCAUUGUAUGGAGGCGGAGACGGCGAGGCACCUUUCCAGGGACCAACGUGUAUGUUGGAUCUUCUUCUGUGCUAAAGAGAAAGUUAGUUGAAGACUUCAUACCAGCACCGCACUGUUUUCAACCUGUGCUUGCUCCAGAAACGCCUACCAAUGGAACCGCUUCAAGGGAUGUUGUUGUGUGACGUCAUAGUUUUGACAUGCUGUCGUUUGAAGACCGCGUUUUCAGUUCCUAAAAUUGUUGGACGAAAUUUUCGCAUGUACGAUCGCUUUCAGGAAAGUGCAGUGAACAAAUGGAUUUAAGAAUGUGAUACAAUUAUAUAAGAUGAGCCAGUGAACAUGGCGAUAGGUUUCUUUAAGAACUUUAUUUCGUGAUUUGUGUUAUAUUAUCUGAUGAACUCUCGAAGUCAUUGUGUAUGCUAUAAAGAAAUUACCUAUACUUAAAUGAUUUUCGGUCUGUAGAUUUAGGCAAAUUGAAAAUUGAAAAAUGUACUUAUAAGUGUAUUUAUGAUUCACAGUAAGAUAAACACCAGAAAACUUAGCAUUGUAAAUAUUAUGACGACAUGAUAAACCAUAAUUUUCUAAAUUUAAUUAUUUUGAAUGUACUGUACAUAUUAUAUUAUUCUGUGUUUUAAGGAGCCAUCUCUAUCAAUUUACGAUAAGGUAUUUUAUCCUACUCAAGUAUUUCCAGUACUAUUUUUUUCAUUAGUUUAUAAUAAUCUAGAAGUGUUUCAUAGAAACCAAUCAGAAAAAAUUGCCACUUAACUUUUAUUUCUACAAUUGGAAACACUUUAUAUAGACAUAUAAAUUAAUAAAAAUAUUUUUACAGCUAGUCCUUAUGAUUGUUUAGUUGUAGCUACUAGGUACAUUAUAUUUUAUAAUCUAAUUGCGAAUCUUACUUAUUCUAGGAACUUACGACUUCUUCAGCAAUAAAAAGUACAUGUAUGUAUUUGUAAAUAUUUGAAGCAUUUAUUGUAAAAACUGACAGAGAGGUUAUAUUUUUCUUGGGCGUAAACAUGCGUAUAAAUACAUAUUUCUAAAUGUUAUGAAGUGGAAUGGUUGAAUUGACGGUAUUUUUAUUGGAAAUCUACAUGGGUUCUGUUUAUUGAUUAGGUGUUAGUCAAGCGAACAUAAAAUUACUACCUUGUAAAUUAUUGUUAAAUCAUGGUGUAGUCGAAUUUGUUUGGAGUUGAUGUUUAGCUUUAAACAAUGUAACUAAACAACUUUAGUUUCUUGUAGGGCAUAACAUAAGAAGGCCAAAAUGACUUUGUGCUCUCAACAAAUAUAUUUUGGUUUUUGAUGACCAAAUUUGAAAAUAGUAUAAGUUAAGUGCUUAGUUAAAUUUAUUUAUUUUUUGUGAUUAAUUUCGUACCUUCACUCGAAUUUGUAAAUAAAUAUUACUUGCUAUAUCGACGCAGCUAAACUUUAACGAGUAUGAAUAAAUAUGUCUGCCAAAUUA